UAUCAAUGUCAUUUACGAUACAGCUGUGAUAAAAAAUAGUGGGGUUGUGUGGACGAUACGUUCACUUUCAAAAUAAUUUUAAAUUGAAAUAAAAUCAAUAUGACACCAGAGGAAACUAUAGAGAGAUUUAAGCUUUUAGGCUUAAACGAACAAAAGGCAAAGGAGACAUUAAAAAACGCAAAUGUCACGAAGUUUCUACUUGCCGCACUAAAUGAGGUGGAGAUUGAAAAACUGCCGGCCGGUGCCGGUAUGUUGAUAUACCAUCUGGCAACAAAAAUCAAGCCCCAAAUUGCUACGAAAUUGCCUUUCGUGUGUGAUUACGUAGCAAAAGGAAAGCUGGAUUCAACACUGCGAGUGGAUGCUGCCUUAGAGUACUUGAUAACACAUGUGAAUGAGACAAAUGUGGAUACAGAAGCCUUCGAGAAAGCCUGUGGGGUUGGAGUAGUUGUAACUCCUGAGCAGGUGGAACAAGUUGUAGAGAAGCAUAUGGCCAAGUACAAGGCAGAGUUGUUAGAAAAGAGGUACCGUUUCAACUCUGGCAUGGUUAUGCAGGCUGUAAGAGCAGACCUACCAUGGGCUGAUGGCAAAGCUAUCAAAAAUGAAGUUGACAUUCAGAUUUUAGAUCUAUUGGGCCCAAAAACAGAAGCAGACUUGGCACCUCCACCCAAAGUAGAAAAGAAGCCAAAAGGUGAUGCUGGCAAGAAGGGAAAGAAACCUGAAGAAAAAGCCUCAAAAGCAGCUGAGAAAGCAGAAUCCUCAGAUGAUAUUGGUGGAGCAACCUCCAUAUCAGAACUUAUGAAGAAAUUACCAUUUCAUGCUCCCGGUGAAAACUUCAAAGCUGAUGGCUAUGUCGUUACCAUGGAUACCAAACGCUUAUUAGAAGAGCAUCUAAAAAUAACUGGUGGUAAGCUCAGGACGAGGUUUCCUCCAGAGCCUAACGGUAUCUUACAUAUUGGGCACGCUAAAGCCAUUAACAUCAACUUUGGUUAUGCUGCUGCCCAUGAAGGUAUCUGCUUUUUGAGGUAUGAUGACACCAACCCUGAGAAGGAAGAAGAGAAGUUCUUUGUGGGAAUCAAGGAUAUGGUGGAGUGGUUAGGUUACACCCCAUACAAAAUAACUCAUUCAUCAGAUUACUUUGACCAACUGUAUGAAUGGGCCAUACAGUUAAUUAAGAAGGAUCUAGCAUAUGUAUGUCACCAGAAGUCUGAAGAAAUUAAGGGAUUUAACCCUCCUCCCUCUCCUUGGAGAAACAGGCCAGUCGAAGAAAGCUUACAGUUAUUUGAGGAUAUGAAGAACGGUAAAAUCGACGAAGGUGACGCGACGUUACGAAUGAAGAUUACUCUUGAAGAAGGCAAACAGGACCCCGUUGCUUACAGAAUUCGGUUCAAACCCCACCACCGGACAGGCAGCAAGUGGUGCAUCUACCCCACUUACGACUAUACCCACUGCCUGUGUGACAGUAUAGAACAUAUCACGCAUUCACUAUGUACUAAGGAGUUCCAGUCUAGGAGGUCUUCAUACUACUGGCUUUGUAAUGCUCUCGGUAUCUAUUGUCCUGUACAAUGGGAGUAUGGGCGUCUGAAUGUUAACUAUACUGUUGUAUCAAAGAGGAAAAUAGCAAAACUUAUUGAUGAAGGAAUUGUUAAUGACUGGGACGACCCCCGGCUGUACACGCUGACGGCGCUGCGGCGGCGCGGGGUGCCGGCGGGCGCCGUGAACGCGUUCUGCGCGGCGCUGGGCGUCACGGGCGCCGUGGGGGCCGUGGACCCCGCCAUGCUGGACGCCGCCGUCAGGGACCUGCUCAACACUACCGCGCCACGAGUUAUGGUGACAUUAGAACCUUUGAAGAUCAAAAUAACGAACUUCCCUAGCGACAAGCCUGUACAAGUGACUGUCCCAGAUUUCCCCAAUGAGCCUGAAAAGGGAUCCCAUACAGUAAUACUUAGCAAUGUCCUUUACAUAGAAGCAACGGACUUUAAGGAAGAACCGGAGAAGGGAUACCGACGCUUAACACCUAAGCAAACAGUUGGGUUGCGACAUGCAGGCUAUGUUAUCAAGGUAUCCAAAGUAAUCAAAGAUGCCGCUGGCAAGGUAACCGAAGUGGAAUGCACGGCAGAGCCGGCUGAAUCUGCUGGGAAACCGAAGGCCUUCAUACAUUGGGUCUCCGAACCCGUCACUGUUGAAGUUAGAUUAUAUGAACCUUUGUUCAAACAUAAAAACCCAGAGGAUGCCAACGAGGUGCCCGCCGGGUUCCUGUCGGACUGCCGCGAGGACACGUUGAAGGUGGUGGAGGCUUACGCCGACGCCUCCAUCAAAACUGCGAAAGUGUAUGACAAGUUCCAGUUUGAGAGAAUCGGUUUCUUCUCCGUGGACCCAGAUACAACCAAGACACACAUGGUCUUCAACAGAACUGUAUCGCUGAAAGAAGACACAGGAAAAUAAACGCUUUUGUUAUGACAUUUUUAAUUGUAUACAUUUUUUAAUAAAAACAUAUUUAUUCAUAAAA